AUGGCCACGGAGGACAAGAAAAACAAGGCUACGGCCAGUCUUCUGCAGCCAGAGGCCUAUGACAAUGGCGAGGAGGUGCCGCAAGUCUACCGCUCGCUUAACUUCCGCAGCCUGCAGGACCCGUACUCGCACAACCGCGACACGAUGGCCAGCCGCUACAGUACGCUGCGUGCCGACGACCUCGAGACGAUGCUUAACGGCGGUCUUGAGCGCUUCUACAAGAAGUACGACCACUUGUCGCGUAAGGUCAACCUACAGCUCCCGACACCAGAAGUGCGCUUUGAGAACUUGUCGUUCUCGGUGCAGGUGCCGGCGGAGGUUGGCGCCCACGGUACUGUGGGAACGCACUUGGCCUCUAUCUUCACGCCCUGGGAGAAGAUUCCCAUGACCACCAAGCACGCGCUACACCCGAUGAGCGGCAUCAUCAAACCGGGUUCCAUGACACUUAUCCUGGCCAACCCUGGUGCCGGUAAGUCGACGUUCCUGAAGGCACUCGCCGGUAAGCUCCAGGACAACAAGCAGACGGAGAUCGGCGGAGAGAUCCUGUACUCCGGCCUGCGUGGCGACGAGAUUGACCUGGUCAAGCUGGUCGGUCUCGUGGACCAGACGGACAACCACAUCCCGACGCUGACUGUCCGUGAGACGUUUAAGUUCGCCGACAUGUGCGUGAACGGCCGUCCCGAGGACCAACCGGAGGAGAUGCGCGACAUUGCCGCUCUCCGUACGGAGCUGUUCUUGCAGAUCCUGGGUCUGGAGAACUGUGCCGACACGGUGGUCGGUGAUGCUCUGCUUCGUGGUGUGAGUGGUGGUGAGCGUAAGCGUGUGACUGUCGGCGAAGUGCUGGUCGGUGGCCAGAGUCUGUUCCUGUGUGACGAGAUCUCCACGGGUCUGGACAGUGCCGCCACCUUCGACAUCAUCAAGGCUCUUCGCACAUGGUGCAAGACGCUCGGUGGCUCUGUCAUCGUGGCGCUGCUGCAGCCGACGCCUGAGGUCGUGGAGCAGUUCGACGAUAUCUUGAUGGUCAACGAAGGCCACAUGGUGUACCACGGACCCCGUACCGAGAUCCUGGACUACUUCCAGGGUCUGGGCUUCACGUGUCCGCCUCGUGUGGACCCUGCCGAUUUCCUCAUUGAGGUGACGUCGGGCCGUGGCCACGGCUACUCGAACGGCAACGUCCCGAACAAGGACUUGGCCGUGACGUCCGAGGACUUUAACAACCACUUUUGCCAGUCGAGCAUCUACCGUAAAACCCACGAGGCCAUCAGCAAGGGCUUCAACGAGCACCAGUUCGAGAGUCCGGAAGACUUCAAGAAGGCCAAGAGUGUGGCCAACUUGGCCCGUUCCAAGGAGAAAUCCGAGUUCGGAUUGGCCUUCUUGCCCAGCACCAUGUUGCUACUGAACCGUCAGAAGCUCAUCUGGCUGCGUGACCCCCCGCUACUGUGGGGUAAGGUCAUUGAAGCUAUCAUCGUGGGUCUCGUGCUCGGUAUGAUCUACUACAACGUGAGCUCGACGUACUACCUCCGUAUGAUCUUCUUCAGUAUCGCGCUGUUCCAGCGUCAAGCGUGGCAGCAGAUCACCAUCUCGUUCCAGCUUCGUAAGGUCUUCUACAAGCAGCGACCGCGUAACUUUUUCCGCACAACGUCGUAUGCUAUUGCCGAGAGUGUGGUGCAGAUUCCAGUGAACCUGGUGGUCUCGUUCAUCCUGGGCACGUUCUUCUACUUCAUGAGUGGACUGACCCGGACGUUCGAGAAGUACAUUAUCUUCUUCAUUGUGCUCGUGGCCUUCCAACACGCCAUCAGCGCCUACAUGACGAUGCUGAGCUCUCUGUCGCCGAGUAUCACGGUGGGUCAGGCGCUGGCUUCCAUCUCGGUCAGCUUCUUCCUGCUGUUCUCUGGUAACAUCAUCCUGGCCGACCUCAUCCCGGACUACUGGAUCUGGAUGUACUGGUUCUCUCCCGUGUCGUGGGCGCUGCGCUCCAACAUGCUGUCGGAGUUCUCGAGCGACCGCUACACGCCUGUGGAGAGCGCCACUCUGCUCGACAGCUUCUCCAUCUCGGAAGGCACCGAGUACAUCUGGUUCGGUAUCGUCGUCCUCAUCGCGUACUACUUUUUGUUCACGACGCUCAACGGUAUGGCGCUGCACUACAUCCGGUACGAGAAGUACAAGGGUGUGAGUGUCAAGCCCUUGACGGACAAGGCCCAGGACGACGACAACGUGUACGUCGAGGUGGCCACGCCUCAUGCGGCCGAUGGAGCGAACAAAGGUGGCAACAGCGGCGGUCUGCCGUUCACGCCCUCGAACCUGUGCAUCAAGGACUUGGAGUACUUUGUGACGUUGCCUUCGGGUGAGGAGAAGCAGCUUCUGCGCGGAAUCACGGCCCACUUCGAGCCGGGUCGCAUGGUUGCUCUUAUGGGCGCGACGGGUGCCGGUAAGACGACGCUGAUGGACGUGAUUGCCGGUCGUAAGACGGGCGGACGCAUUGUCGGCGACAUUAUUGUGAACGGCGAGGCCAAGGACCCCGCCAACUUCAGUCGUAUCACGGCGUACUGCGAGCAGAUGGACAUCCACUCUGAAGCUGCGACGAUCUUGGAGGCGCUGGUGUUCUCGGCCAAUCUGCGUCUGCCCCCGAACUUCACGAAGGAGCAGCGUAUGAACCUGGUGCACGAGACGCUGGACCUGUUGGAGCUUACCUCGAUCUCUGGCGCUAUGGUCGGUGGCCUGUCGGUGGAGCAGAAGAAGCGUGUGACCAUCGGUGUCGAGGUGGUGGCCAACCCCAGUAUCUUGUUCCUGGACGAGCCCACCAGUGGUCUGGACGCGCGUUCGGCUCUGAUCGUCAUGCGCGGUGUGCAGUCGAUCGCCCGUACGGGUCGUACCGUGCUGUGUACCAUCCACCAGCCUAGUAUCUCGAUCUUUGAGCUGUUCGACGGUCUGCUGCUGCUCCAGCGCGGUGGCUUCACUGCGUACUUUGGUGACCUUGGUGUGGACUCUGUCAAGAUGCUCGAGUACUUCGCGUCGAUCCCUGGCACGAUGGAGAUCCGUCCGCAGUACAACCCGGCCACGUACAUGCUUGAAGUGAUUGGCGCGGGUAUCGGCCGUGACGUGAAGGACUACUCGAUCGAGUACAAGAACAGCGAGCUGUACAAGUCGAACCGCGAGCGCACGCUCCUGUUGGCUGAAGUUUCCAGCGACUUUGUGUGCCACUCGACUCUGAACUACACGCCUAUUGCCACGGGCUUCUUGAACCAGUUGAAGGAGCUCGCCGUUAAGCAGCAGCUCACGUACUGGCGCAACCCGCAGUACAACUUCAUGCGCAUGUUCCUCUUCCCUCUCUUCGGUGUCAUCUUCGGUACGACCUUCUACCAGCUUGAGGCGGACAGCGUCAAGCGCAUCAACUCGCACAUCGGUCUCAUCUACAACAGUAUGGAUUUCAUCGGUGUCAUCAACCUCAUGACGGUGCUGGAAGUCACGUGUGCCGAGCGCGCCGUGUUCUACCGCGAACGGAUGUCGAACUACUACGGUCCACUGCCCUACAGUCUGUCGCUGUGGUUCGCUGAGGUGCCGUACCUGAUCAUCGUGAUCGUGCUGUUCGUGACGAUCGAGUACUGGCUGGUGGGCUGGAGCGACAACGGAGGCGACUUCAUCUUCUUCAUGUUCAUUUUCUACCUCUACACGUCGGCUUGUACCUACGUGGGUCAGUGGAUGUCUGCUCUGAUGCCCAACGAGAAGGUGGCGAAUGUGGCUGUCGGCGCGCUGUCGUGUCUGUUCAACUUAUUCUCGGGCUACCUGCUGCCGCGUCCGGCCAUGAAGGCUGGCUACAAGUGGUUCACUUACCUGAUGCCGUCGAGCUACUCGCUUGCGGCGCUGGUGGGCGCUCAGUUCGGUGAGGUGCAGGACGUUAUCUCCGUCACGGAGGGCGGUGUCACGACGGACAUGACGGUGGCGCAGUUCAUUGAGGACACGUACGACUUCCGACCGAACCGCAAGUACAAUUUCAUGGCGGGACUGCUGGUCAUCUGGGCUGUGCUGCAGGUGGCCAUCUACCUCACGUUCAAGUACGUGAGCCACCUCAAGAGAUAA